ACAGAUGUCGUCAACUCUGCGCUCUGUCGGGAGCACGGAUCUAAAAAUCUGAACACUUGGACAUGACUGGCACUAAUGACCAAAUUGGAUAUUUAUUUUUACUAAAAAUGUGCCGACAACAGUCCAACAGGACGCGUCUACUUGAAUUUCUGUCACACUUUUGCGGCUUUUAUCGUUUCUCGGACGCGCAGUAACAACGAGCUGGGUGAAAGUAAAGUUUUUUCCUCUCAUUUUUCCGAAGGAGUUCCCGGUCGUUUCGUUUGGAAUAAACUCCACCAUGCUCGGCGGGGCGAGUAUAAAAUCCACCGUGUUCGGAUAAAGGACAGCCCGGAGGAGUGAGACUGAUUAAAGGAGUUAUCGGCCUGACGCGGGUCUGAACCGAAGUUAUGAAAAUGACCGGAGCAAUGGAAACUUCUUUUAGGCUGGCAUUGAUGAAGCCACCCUCGCUCCGGACCGCAGAGGACUUGCAAUUUAUAUACUGUCACCUCUAUCACAUGGAAGUCCUCACUCACCUCAGGGAACAUCAGUUAAGGUCGAUGUGCACCUCAGCUCGGUAUGAGAGACUUGAGGCCUUUCACAUCCUAUUUUAUCCAGACAGCGUCGCUACCUGUUGGUACAUUCUGCUCUCAGGAUCUGUUUUACUCAAUGGGCAAUUGCUCCUGUCCAAAUGCUG